AUGACCGCGCAAAAUUUUCCUGCUUUUGGUCAGACGCUUUAUCUGUCACAGGAUAGAUUUACUCUGAGAAGCAGGAAUAAGUUUUGUGACUCAAUGGUUUGCCAAGAUGAUGGCAAUCAAAAAUUUAUUCAGGAUACUUGCAUGCCCUAUCCUUUUCCGCCAUGUCACAAAGGCGAUAACCACACAGCUCCAGCCGAGUGCUCUCACGCGCCAUUUCACACUCCUAAGUGUGUUCAUAAGUGCAACAAAAACUAUACUGAAGGAUAUCAACAGGACAAACACUAUGGUGCUGAUUUGAACGUUUCGCUUCUUGUAGUCGCAGGAAGCUUGAUGUCAUACGCGAUCGACAACGAUGAGGAUGCGAUACGUAAGGAACUCAUGACUUACGGACCAAUCGAGGUGGCUUUUAUGGUGUACACAGAUUUCUUCCACUAUAAGAAGGGCGUAUACAAGGUAACGCUGCAAGUGGAUGCGCAUCACAUACUGCCGGCUUUCUUGCUGGAGGACACGCUGUCAAGCUUAUCGGCUGGGGAAAAGAAAAGGAAACUCCAUAUUGGCUAA